AUGGCAAGUCAACAGUACACAUACAACAUCCCCACAUCAAAGAACUCAUCAGGCAACAACACAUCGCCCUUAAACAACCUAUCAUAUCUCACACCACCUUCAUCGUCCACAUACUCAUACCACAGUCCAAGAUUGAGAUAUUACUUGUCGAAAUCGUUUGACAUUGAGGAUGACUUGGAGUUUUGUCCAGAGAUUGUGGACCGUAGUGUCCAUAACUCCUCUGGGAUGAAGAAGUUCAACCCUCACACGUCUGCGUCCUUCUCACCAAGUCAAGAAUAUGCACAACACAGCGGCGUCCUGCAAGAAAAUAGAAGCACUUCUGGCUCCGGUACGCAUUCCCCACGUGUGUCGACUCCAAGAAUAAAAAAGGCUUUGGAGAUUGUCAAUCCACAGACCAGAAUGAGAGUCGGAUCGCCCGCAAAUUCGCAGAACAGGUGA